AUGCUCGGACCAGACGAUGGCGGCUUCUCCUUCUUUGGAGGAGCCAGCAGCACCGCCACCGCAACCAGCACCAGGGUUACUGAACCUACUGCCGCCUCACUCCACCCAUUCGCCGCCUUCUCCACCCCCAAACAACCUCCCGCCACGAAACUCAAUGGCACCGCAUCCAACACCUCUCCACCGACCACAACUUCGCACCCUUUUCGACCGCCUGGGAAGAGCCAACCAAACACCUCCACGUCACCUCUUCCCUCCCCUCCCAUGGUAGCUGUUGCGUCCCAGCACUGCUCUCUUUCUCUCCCGUCUCCCAGGCUACCGCAUGCAGCACCAGGGGGCUAUACGCAUGGCAGAGGCUACCGCAUGCAGCACCAAGGGGCUAUAAGGAUGGCAGAGGUGAGGCGGCACAAGAGGGAGGACGAUGCCUGGACCGUGGUGCGAGGCAGGGUCUACAACAUCACGCCCUACCUCGACUUCCACCCGGGAGGGAAGGAGAUGCUAAUGAAGGGCGCAGGCAAGGACUGCACAGCGCUCUUCAGUACGCUCACUUUACCACCACCCACCCACUCGUCCUCUUCAGCUCCUGGCAUUCAGUAA